AUGUCAAUAGUAGACAAUUUUGAUUUGAACGAUCAUCAUGUUUUAUUUACACCAGAAUAUUCGGAUGUAUUAUUGAAAAGGGUACGAGAAAUUUAUAAUAAUGACAUUUUGCAUUCCUAUCCACAAUUGAAAUUACAAAGAUUGAUUGAUUUAUUAGAACAUACUGAAUAUCUGUUCGAGCUGUAUUUGAAAUUUUUGUAUCACUCAGAUAGUAACAAUAGUAACACCAUAAGCUCUACUUCUCAAAAUGAUGCUUUACAUUCGUUUAUAAUAGGCUGUUUCUAUAUCUACUUAAUUAUGCCACAGUCUAUCCAAUUCCAAUCAAAAAAUAAAUCUUAUACUAUCUAUAAAGAUGUUAAAACUUUAUAUGAGUCUCAAUUGAACAUGACUAACGUGUGUUUAAUGGUUAAAAACGAAGUUGAAACCAUUUUAGAGAAUAAUUUUACUUUAUCAACAACAGACAAUAGCAUUGCCAAUAAUCCUUAUUGCAACAAUUUGAUAACUAAUUCUAGGAAAAGAUCAUAUUCUGUACCGUACAAUCAAAAUAAUCAUUCACCCAAUGUUACUCCUUCUAAUAAUAACGAUACUACUACGAUGACAACAACAACAACAAUCACUACUAAUACAGGUUUAUGUCAUAAUGAAUCCAGUAGAGGUACUGAAACUGUAAAUAAUAACCUUAGAAACUUAUCAAUGGAAUCUGAUUCAGAAGAUUCAGAAGACCAAAAUCCUUAUCUUUGGAAAGCUCCAAAUUUAGAGCCAAAUGAUCAAUUGAAAGUAGCAGCCUUUAUAUCUUCCUCGGAUUUCGAUAAAGAUACUAAUGACUAUGAGCUAAAACUUAAUAAAGAGAUAGAUAAUUCUAUCAUGUUAUCUCCUCCAUCUCAUUCGCCUCCACCUAUACCUUUUCAAGGACCUUCAUCAUUCCCUGGGAAACAAGAAAAUUUUCUUGAUAAUACAUAUAAUGUUCACAAUGUUGUAAAGAAAAGAAAUCAAAGUCUAUCAUCCUUUGUUCCUCUUUCUUCCACUGGUCCCCCUAUAUUUAAUCCUACUUAUACAGAUAAUUAUAACGUCUCGCCAAACGCAGACACAAAUACAGAUCUUUCAUUUACAGCCGAUAGAUCUUUGACUCAUAGAAAGAAUUCUUACCAUUCGGUUUAUAUGUUGGACACAGAUGAAACUUCAAAGAAUAGCAAGUUUUAUGAUGAAUCUAAUAGUUUUAUACAAUCCUUAGAUCGGCUACAAAAGCAAUCUAUCAUUACAGCACCUGAACUCUUCUCAUUAAUCUCAAAUAAAAAUUAUAACAAAAAAAUCCUAUUGAUAGAUCUUAGAACAGAUGCAAGGUUUCAGUAUAGCCAUAUAUUAGCAAGCUCUUUGGUCCAUAUCGAUCCACAUCUUCUAUGGGAUCAUACAACCAAUUUACCUAUUUAUGAAAUGGAGAAAUUAGAGACAAUCUUGAAAUCAAGAAAUGUUCCAAACUUAGAUUUGUUUGAAAGGAGAGAUCAAUUCGAUUAUAUCGUAUAUUAUAGUGACAUGAAAACUUUUAUGAAAUUGAAAUUUGAUUAUCAUUUUACCUUUUUCUAUCUGUUGAUUACAUCAAAAUUAAGAAAAUUGAAAUGUGUACCCACUAGUUUAUUAGGUGGUUAUGAAAAAUGGAAAAAAGUUAUUACAACUUAUUCCAAGAAUUAUGAUAUUAAAAUAUCAGAUUAUCUUUAUAGAUCACAGGUCUCUGAUAAUUCUGCAAUUAGUAAUUCUACCAAAAAAUCUACUACACACUCUGUUAAAAAACAACCUUUCCCACCUACUAUAGAUAAUCAAUGGAAACCAUUGGAAGUUCCAAUAAGAAUUAGAAAAAGACCUCCGCCUCCUCCACCUACUUUAGUUCCUAAAUCUCCAGAAGUAGUACCAAAAAUACCACCAAGGGUACAAAUUGACAGUUCUCUUGUAUCUAGGGAAUAUCCUUUCUUCUCUGGAGGAACUAUUGAUAAUUAUACGUCUGCUAUACCGUCUCCAUCACAAUCACCUGCACUGUCCAUUACAUCAAAUGAUACAUAUACUGUUCCAUAUAAUCAAUUAAAUAAAGGAUAUUAUGGCCAGGAAAGACAGUUAUUGCAAGUAGAAAAAAAACUAGAUAAUAUUCCUUUAGUAUCAACAACAUUGGCCAAACGUUAUACAUUGCAGAAGAAUAAACAAAUUCCUAAAAUCAAUAAUAAUAAAUAUAAAGAUACUGAUAAUAUAACUACUGAUAAUACAAACAUUAUUCAAAGGACAUAUACUAUUCCAACUAUUGAAAAAAAUCCAAAUAUCUAUGUUUCAUUAUCUAUUACUGGGCUAAGAAAUCUUGGUAAUACAUGUUACAUUAAUAGUAUGAUACAAUGUUUGUUUGCUACAAAAGAAUUCAGAAAUCUUUUCAUAUCGUCAAUUUAUAAAAAGUUUUUAAAGUCAAAUAAAUCGAAUUUACCACAAUUGUCAAAUGGAUUUUAUCUACUAUUUAAAAAAAUGUAUUUGAAUGGUGGUUGUUCGGUAGUUCCCAUAUCCUUUUUAAAAAUUUGUAACAUUUUCAGACCAGAUUUAAAGAUUCCGGAUGAUCAACAGGAUACUACUGAGUUCUUAAUGCUAGUAUUAGAUAAAUUGCAUGAUGAAUUAUCAAAUCAGGAUGAAGUUGUCAAUGCAUAUCCAAAUUUAAUGUUAUAUGAUGAGAAUCAAUUAAACGUAGAAACAAAAGACUAUAAAAGGUGGUUUGACAAAAAUGUAAUUGGAAAUGGGCUAUCACCCAUUGAUGAUAUUUUCCAAGGACAAAUAGAGCAUAGUCUACAAUGCCAAAGAUGUGGUCAUUCAUCAUUUAAUUAUUCUACUUUUUAUGUGUUAUCAUUGGCAAUUCCAAAACCUUCAGGUUCCACUUUUUCUAAAAAUAAAAGGGUCAAAUUGGAAGAUUGCUUGAAUAUGUAUACAAGUGAUGAAAUUCUUUCAGGCGAAAAUGCUUGGGAAUGUCCACAUUGUUGUAAAGUAACAAAUGAUUAUAAAACAAUGGUAGAGAAAAAUAAAAUCACGAAACAACUGAUAAAGGAGCAAUCAAAUUCUUCAUCCAAAAAUGCACUUCUAUUAUCUUCUCCUUUAUCCUCAUCUUCAUCUUCUUCGUCAUUUCGUAAAAGUGGAUUAUUUAGGUUUUCCCGCCACCAUGAUCACCACAAUAAUUCUAAUAAUGGACGUGAUACGUUAAAAUCAUCACACAAGAUAAGUCGUUCAUUAUCCCCAUUUAGUGUCCUUGGAGGUAAUAGUAGUACUGCAAAUAGCAAUAACCAUAAUGGUAAACCCAUUACCAAUAGUAAUGAUAACAAUGCUGGAAAUAAAAAAAAAGAAGAAAAAGAAUUUUUGAAGUUGGAAAAAAUGGCACAAAAGGAGGAAAUGAAAGAGAUAAAAGAAGAAAUGAAACAAUGGAAGACUAAAAAAUUAAUCACAGUGAAAACUUUAAAUUUUAUAUCAUUACCAAAAACUUUGGUGAUUCAUUUGUCAAGGUUUUAUUAUGAUUUAACUAAGAAAAAUGAUACAAUAAUCACUUAUCCAUUAAUAUUGAAGAUUCCAACUAAAAAUGGUAAAACAGUAAAAUAUAAAUUAUAUGGACUGGUUAAUCAUACAGGUAAUCUGAUAUCGGGGCAUUACACGUCAUUAGUCAAUAAAGAGGUUAAUCAUAGUCUUGAAUCCGAUGAACAAAAAUGGUAUUAUUUCGAUGAUGAAGUUGUCAAAGAAGAAACAAAUCAUGGUGAUUUGAAGAAAGGCAUUACUAAAAUAUCCAGUAAUGAUGUUUAUGUGUUAUUUUAUGAAAGAAUGGGGUAG